CGACUAAUAUACUACCACUAUGGUCAAGUUCAUCAAGGCAGGCAAGGUUGUCGUUAUUUUGCAGGGCCGCUUCGCUGGCAAGAAGGCCGUUGUUGUCCGCAACCACGAUGAGGGUACCAAGGACAGACCCUACGGCUAUGCUGUCGUUGCUGGUGUUGAGCGUUCCCCCUUGAAGGUUACCAAGGGUAUGGGCAAGAAGAAGGUUGCCAAGCGCUCCAAGGUCAAGCCUUUCGUUAAGAUCGUCAACUACAACCACAUGUUGCCCACUCGUUAUGCUCUUGAGUUGGAGCAGAUCAAGGGUACUGUCUCUGCUGAUUCCUUCAAGGAGCCCACCCAGCGUGAGGAGUCCAAGAAGGUUAUCAAGAAGUUGUUCGAGGAGCGUUACCAGACUGGCAAGAACAAGUGGUUCUUCAGCAAGCUUAGAUUCUAAGUGAGAUCCAGUAUCUUAACAGGAUCAGUUCUCUUUCUCUCUCUCUAAUGUACUUCUGAAUAAAAAAAACGUAUAAGUCCAAGGCAUUUAAUUUCAU